GAGGGUCUGCUCUGUUUCUUUCCUUUCUCCAGGCUACAACAAUGGCCGACAUUACCCACCAUCCCAUGGAGCAGCUUCAGGACCUGGAGUACUGCAUAGACUCUAACCCUCCCUGGGGUGAAACUAUUGUAUUGGCAUUUCAGAACUACAUCUUAAUGUUGGGCACAAGUGUAAUGAUCCCUUCAGCACUUGUCCCUCUAAUGGGAGGAAGCGAUGGUGACAAAGCACGGGUUAUACAAACUUUGCUCUUUGUAGCUGGGAUUAACACUCUUCUCCAAGCACUCUUUGGAACAAGGUUGCCAGCGGUCAUUGGAGGCUCUUAUGCUUAUAUCAUUUCUAUAAUUUAUAUAAUAUAUGAUUCCUCAUUGCAACGGAUCGCUGAUGGGCAUGAAAGAUUUAUACAUACUAUGCGAGCAAUCCAAGGAGCUCUCAUCAUAGCCUCAAGCAUACAAAUCAUCCUGGGAUAUAGCCAACUUUGGGGUUUGUUCUCACGGUUUUUUAGUCCUCUUGGUAUGGCACCAGUGGUUGGACUAGUCGGCUUGGGAUUGUUUCAACGGGGAUUUCCUUUGUUGGGAAAUUGUGUGGAAAUUGGGCUGCCAAUGCUUUUGUUGGUAAUUGGAGUUUCACAGUAUCUAAAACACGUCAAGCCAUUAAGAGAUGUCCCUAUAUUUGAACGUUUUCCCGUGUUGAUCUGUGUGUCUAUCAUUUGGAUCUAUGCCCUCAUCUUGACAGCUAGUGGCGCUUACCAUGACAAGCCAGCAUUAACUCAACGUAGCUGCCGCACAGAUGGAGCAAAUCUUAUAUCCACUGCCCCAUGGUUCAAGUUCCCAUACCCUCUGCAGUGGGGCCCACCUACAUUUUCUGCUGGUCAUUCAUUUGCUAUGAUGUCUGCAGUUCUAGUGUCUAUGGUUGAGUCAACAGCAGCAUACAAGGCAGCAUCUCGAUUGGCUAUUGCAACCCCACCUCCUGCUUAUGUAUUAAGUCGAGGUAUUGGGUGGCAGGGAAUUGGUGUUUUGCUUGAUGGCCUUUUUGGAACAGGCACUGGUUCUACUGUUUCUGUGGAAAAUGUGGGACUUCUUGGACUAACCCGAGUCGGAAGUCGCAGGGUUGUUCAAAUAUCUGCAGGUUUCAUGAUAUUCUUCUCAACGUUAGGAAAAUUUGGAGCCGUGUUUGCAUCCAUUCCUUUCCCAAUUUUUGCGGCACUUUAUUGUGUUCUCUUUGGCCUUGUGUCUUCAGUUGGACUAUCAUUUCUCCAAUUCACAAACAUGAAUUGUAUGAGAAAUCUCAUUAUAACUGGGCUAUCACUCUUCCUUGGAAUUUCCAUCCCACAAUUUUUCAAUGAAUACUGGACUCACACACGGCGUGGUCUUGUUCACACUGAUGCAGGAUGGUUUAAUGCAUUUUUGAAUACCAUAUUCUCCUCACCAACAACUGUGGGUCUGAUCGUAGCUGUGUUUCUAGACAAUACAUUGCAGGUGGAAAAGUCAAAAAAAGAUCGAGGCAUGCCAUGGUGGGUGAAGUUCAGAACGUUUAGAGGAGACAACAGGAAUGAGGAGUUCUACACUUUGCCCUUUAACCUGAACAGGUUCUUUCCUCCUACAUAGUGUGGGAGCCUUAACAACAGCAGCAAACUGAAGCUAAUUUGUCUGAGUAGAAGUUUAACAUGAUUGAUGGAUGUAUUAUCCAAAGACAAAUAUCAAUCUACAACAUGCUAAUUUUUCCUUGUUUGCAAUCUCUCCAUUUUUUGUGGACCGUAAUGGGGUCCUUAUUAGGGUUGUAGUUGUAGAAUAUUCUCAUGAAAUAAAAAUUGGAAGUUCGU